AUGGGAACGGUGUACCACGUGAUGAGUCGUCGAAGGAAGGCCACCAAUGCGAAGGCAGAGGCUAUUCUGGAGAAGACUAAGAACAAAGAAGCAAAGCAGAAUCAUUCCUUUAAAGAGGCCGACAUAGAACUUCAGUUUAGCAGUAAUGAAACGGCUAGUAAAGUCCACCACAACAAAGCAUUCGCCAAUGAAGAGGGUGCUGUUAGUGAAACGAACGACAUCAGCUCUCCGGCAAAUCACACUUCUGGAAAAGAAAAAGUACUUCACCAAAAGAUGAAAAAAUCAGAUUUAAUUGACGAUAUCAUGAUUGGAUUUUCAUCUAUCAACAACGGCUCGAAAAUCAUGAACACCGAACCAAUGGCAGGAAAUCUCGGCGCUUUGAACGGCAUUCGUGUCAUCAGUAUGUGGUGGAUUAUUCUCGGCCACACCUUUUCUUACGCCCUUGUUGGUUAUUAUGAUAAUACCCGCUUCAUUUUCGACAAAGUCACCCUCUCUUUCUUAUUCAACGGUGUUAUCAACGCGUAUGUGGCCGUUGACACCUUCUUCUUUUUAAGCGGUCUCCUUCUGACUUACCUCACCUUGAAACAUCUCAAGAAAAGCAGCGGCAGAUUGAAUUGGUUUCUCUUCUAUCUUCAUCGCUUCAUCCGUCUCACUCCGGCCUACAUGGUGUCCAUCGCCAUAUGGGCUAGCCUGGCCAUUCAUUUUGGCCAGGGACCCGCUAAGAAGAACUUCUUCGAAGCGGCAGCGGACGCCUGCCGGAAGUACUGGUGGACAAAUCUGCUGUACAUAAACAACUUGUACCCGUUCCCUGGCGAUAUAGAAUUCCAGUGUCACAGUUGGGCUUGGUACCUUGCCAACGAUAUGCAAUUUUUUAUCAUUAGCCCCAUCAUCAUCUACUUGCUGUACAAUGCUUACAACAACAACACAGUCGUUGUCUAUGGGAGUGCCACAGUGGACAUAAUAUACGGCAAGCCCUAUUGCCGUAUACCAGCCUAUUUGGUCGGCAUGGUUUUUGGAUACAUUUUCUGUCAGGUGCAGGGGAAACCCUUUAAAAUGAGCAAGUUUCUGAACCUUUUCCUGUGGUUUGUGUCAACGGCUGUUGGCCUGGCUAUCGUGUUUGGACUCUACAGGGGCGAAGGGAAGGAUAUACCACAAUAUGCCGCCGUGUUGUAUACGGUUUUCUCUCGACCUGCUUUUGUAACGGCCGUAGGAUGGGUUGCAUUUGCCUGUGUUAUGGGCUACGGAGGACCCGUCAACAGCCUGCUGAGUUGGGGCGUCUGGGCGCCCCUCAGCCGCCUUACCUACGGCGCCUACCUCCUCCAUUCCACCAUUUUGUACACCAUCUACACGAGUUCUAACGCACAGUAUCACUUCAGCUACAUGCAAUGGGUGUGCAUGUUUUUGGCUAAUAUGAUAUUGGCGUACGGGGCGGCUUUCUUACUGUCUAUCGGCGUGGAAGGCCCGUUCAUGGGACUAGAGAAAGCUUUACUCGGCGGAGGGGUACGAGGCAAAAAGAAAUGA